AUGUACCUGUUGCGUUCGUUGAAAUUAUCCAAAUAUGCAGCAGCCACAGCAUUACGGUCAACCAGACGUGGACUCUCGGAUCUGGUUUUGGUCAAAGAAGAGCAAGGAGUUCGGGAAAUAACCCUGAAUCACCCAAAAACACUCAAUUCCCUAUCCAUGGACAUGAUGUGUGCCAUUCAGGAUGCUCUGGUGAAGGAUAAAGACAACCUGGACCUGCGGUGCGUUGUGCUAACAGCUCAGGGCAAGGUCUGGUCAGCGGGUCACAACCUGAAGGAGCUCCACAACGAUCCAGAGGUCCAGAGGCGGGUUUUCCAGAAGCUGACAGACGUAAUCAACGACAUACAAAAACUGCCGGUGCCGGUAAUUGGAAAAGUAAAUGGAUAUGCGGCUGCUGCGGGCUGUCAACUGGUAGUAUCCUGCGAUAUGGUGGUCUGCUCCAAGACUAGCAAGUUCUCCACUCCAGGAGCUGGAGUUGGCGUUUUCUGCUCGACGCCCGGUGUGGCUGUUGCCCGUGCUAUAUCGCGUCCAAAGUCUGCAUAUAUGCUAAUGACCGGACUCCCAAUUAGUGGCGAGGAAGCUUACAUAUCAGGAUUGGUAACCAAAGCUGUAGCUGCCGAGGAACUGGACAAGGAAAUCAAUGAAAUAGCAUGUGCCAUAAAAUCAAAAAGCCGAGCCGUAAUUUCUCUCGGCAAGGACUUCUACUACAAGCAGUUGGGCAUGUCUCAAAGCGAAGCAUACGCGGCUGCCCAGGAAAAGAUGUGCGAGAACUUUCAGCUGGGCGAUACCAAGGAAGGCAUCACUAGUUUCUUUGAGAAACGACCUCCCAAUUGGAAGCAUGAGUAAAGGAACGAGGGCUGUGAAAUAUUGUUGAAUUAAAAGAACCAAAUGUGCAUUUAUGUUGUAUUA